AUGGAAGCUGAGAACGGAUCAAAUGGGUGGAAGCAGUGGAACCAGAUACAGAAACUCCGCCCAAUGCUGAAGGAAUACAAUGCACUGUUGUUUGAGAACAAAAGGCUAUUCCAGCUUGCCAAGCCCAAUGCGUCUGACCGCAAAGAGCUGGUAAAAGGACUGGUCCACCGCAGCACAGGUGUUGGUUCCUUCCUUGAACAUCCCGAGAACAUCUUCGAGGAAAUAGACGGUGAACAUCAACACGAGGAUCUGAUCACUUUGGACCACCGGUCCGGCAAUACAGACAAAUUCACAUACUGGGUGUUCGACAAGGCCUUUCCGUGGAUUCACAAACGGCUUGAAAAGUUGUUGCCAGCCAUGCCCUACUACGAGUACGAAGACUGCAAGAUUGAGAGAGCAUCUGGAGCUAUGGUCAUCGCUGGUGCUUCACUUCUACCAACUGCAUCAAUCUUUGCCCUCAACUACAUUCCAACGACCGUAUAUCGUUUAUUGUUUAUUUCUUUCUUUUCAUUCAUUUUCACCGUAGCUUUGGAAUUUUUCACCAGUGCGAGGAAGAUCGAGAUUUUCGCUGCUGCAGUGGCAUUGGCUUCCGUCCAGGUUGUUUUCAUCAGCGGACAGUCAUGUUAA